GGUACUGUAAAAUUCCCUCUACAUACCUAUACCUGACUACAAUUACACACGAAAUUAGACCCAAGUGCAAUACUUCAGAACACACUAAAAAUGUAAAAAUGAAGCACCUACGUAUCUUAACUAACCACUAUAAUGCAUACAUGAAGAUAUUAGACCAUGUGACAUGUAUGUUAAAGGGCGGGGGAGAGGUGGGGCUGGUGAUAUAUUAUUGUGGUGUAGUGGGAAUUGUGGCUGUCUGCAGUGUCUGUUGGUGAGCUGAGUAUCUGUGUGUUGGACUGCUGGCAAAGAGAACGGACAUACCAAGAAGCACAAGAUGAAGACUUGUUUCACGAUUGGUAUAGCGGCACUGGUGUUGCUCUCCAUUAUUGCAUCUGCCACUUCGCAAGGUACAUCUCCGAGUCCCGCCCCAGAUAACUCAACAACAUGCAGUGAAGAGUGCCACGAUUAUGCCGAGUGUUACAACAAUUAUUGCACGUGUAUUUACGGAUUUACUGGAAACGGGACAUACUGCGAAGCUAUACCAUGCUACAAUAACCCUUGUGAUGAGAAUGCCUACUGUUUGGAUCAGGGAAAUGGGAGCUCCACUUGUAACUGCCAAUAUGGAUACACUGGAAAUGGGACCGUCUGCACUUCUCUGUGUUCAGAGGAUUGUGGACGCAACGCCUACUGCACCCGCAACUACACGUCGUACUAUGGGAACGAGUACGUGUGUCAGUGUAACUAUGGAUACACUGGAGAUCCCACAGACUACUGUUAUGAUAUAGACGAAUGUGACUAUGUCAACUGCACUGAAUAUGCCACCUGCUACAACACCAAUGGCAGCUACGUGUGUGAGUGUGACCCUGGCUUCACUGGCUAUGGAGGGUACUAUUGCUAUGCUAUACCACCAUGCUACAAUAACCCUUGUGAUGAGAAUGCCUACUGUUCAGAGACAAUUAACGGGAGCUACACCUGCCACUGUCAAUAUACAUACACUGGAAAUGGAACAGUCUGCACUUCUCUGUGUUCAGAGGAUUGUGGACGCAACGCCUACUGCACCCGCAACUACACGUCGUACGAUGGGAACGAGUACGUGUGUCAGUGUAACUAUGGAUACACUGGAGAUCCCACAGACUACUGUUAUGAUAUUGACGAGUGUGCAACUGGAGAGUACUGUCAGAUUGAGUAUGCCUACUGCAGCAACACCGAGGGAAGUUUCACCUGCAUCUGCUCCAGAGGGUACUACUAUUCGCGAAUCCUUCAAGAAUGUAUAGAAAUUGACGGUGAUGAGCCAUACCGGGCAGAAGCAGUUGUUGUUCCGGGCUGCGACGAAUCAGCAAACGAAUAUCACCGUCGUUACCUCCAGUACAAGGUGGAGGCACUGGUCUCGGAAUAUUUCUAUGCUACCAGCCAGUACGACUCAGAAGAUGGCUCUGGGGAUGACUCACGAUACUAAAAACAAACACAACUGAUGUACAUACGUAUUAUACUCACUAUUCUAGCAGAAGACGGUUAUGUAGUACUUUGUAAUGCACUUGUCUUAGUAUUGCAUUGACACCCUGUAUUAUUGCAUAAUAACGUAUACACUAGCACCUUGCUUUAUAUAAUCAAAAGAUG